GGGGGGGGAACAAGGCGAGGUCUGUGGGUCUAGCCGCUUGGCCCCUCCCACUCCAGCCAGGCAUUACAGACUGCCGGUCCUCCACACAUAGCAACGCCGCCUCGGCAACAGAGCCCCGGCAACGAGCUCCACGGCAACAGUGCCGUGCUCCGCGAUGGAGCUGCCAUUGGGCGGACCCUCGCUGAGGCACUACACCCAGAGCCGACCCAGACCCCACCGGCAGAACCCAAACCACCGGCCCGCCCGACAGCAGGAGCCGAUCCUAGAGAGUGAGAACGAGGGCCUGGACCACAUGGGGAGGGUGGAUGAAGGGGUGGAGGAGUUCUUCACCAAGCGGGUUCUGCCCGCUGACUCUCUGAAAAUCGACAAUGAGAUCUCGCCGGCGAUGGUUCCAGAAUCGCUCUCCGCCAGCACGGCCUCGUGCCCCCCCCCCACCCGAACCCUGAGGAGGAAGCUUGGGGACUUCUUCACCCUGAGGAAGAGGCGCGGCCUGAAGACAGAGCCCAGCCAGGAGGGCCGCUCCAAGAAGGCGUCCAUCGCCGACCUCAUCCGGCCGCUCCGAGAGGCGGCGCGGGCCGACAAGAGCAAGAAGGAGCAGGACAGAGACCACGACAAGGAGAACGACAAGGAGAGGCAGAAGGACAAGGCGGACGGGGCCGGAGACAAGGUGGUGGAGGAGGCCCCUGUGGCCCUGCGGAGCGAUGCAGCGCCUCCCCGACGCGCCCUCAGAGAGGGGAAGUCCCAGUCGCUUAUCCUGCUGUCGGGAUCGGCAGCGCCGGGGACUGGAAGCACCAGACAAGCCAAGAAAAGCCUCGAUGGUCAGCAUAGCUUUGAACAGAAACUGAGUCUCAUGCUGCAACGCAUCGGAGUGACCAAAUCCCAGCCAGCAGAGGAACAGAGUCCGGAGGGAGAGAUGAAGAAGGCCGACUCUGAAGGAACUAUAAUUGACAACAAACCCGAGCCCCCGCCCACUGCCUCCAAACCCCGGACCAUGUCCACCUCCUCAGACACCAGGCAUCAGAUCCGUCAGAGCGCGUCGGCGCACGAGGCGGCGGGGAAGCCGGCGCUGCCCCCCAAACCGACCCUCCGGACUGCAGCCCCCCCGGCGCCGCCGUCCGGCCGCAGCACCCCGGAGAACGAGCUCGUCCACAUAAAGGAGGCUGACGCCCGUCCCCCAGACCCCCCCGUCUCCACCGCCGUCUCCGCCCCCGUAGACCCCCCAACCCCCACCGCCCCGGCCGCGGCCAUCGCUCCCUCCGAUACUCUGGAGCUAUGUCAGAUAGAGGCCACGAUUCCGAUAGUGGCCACACCUCCGAUAGAGGCCACACCUCAGAUAGAGCUCACCGCUCCGGUAGAGGCUACUCAUCCAAUAGAGGCCAGCCCUCUAAAAGAGGCCACAGCUCCAAAAGAGGCUACUCCUCCGAGAGAGGCCACGCCCCCGGUAGAGGCCACACCUCCGAUAGCGGCCACGACUCCGAUAGCGGCCACGACUCCGGUAGAGGCCACACCUCCGGUAGAGGCCACACCUCUGAUAGAGGCCACGCCUCCGAUAGAGGCCACGCCUCCGGUAGAGGCCACACCUCCGGUAGAGGCCACACCUCUGAUAGAGGCCACACCUCUGAUAGAGGCCACGCCUCCGAUAGAGGCCACGCCUUCGGUAGAGGUCACAGCUCCAGUAGAGGCCAAGCAUCCUAUAGAGGCCACACCUCCAAAAGAGGCCCCGCCUCCAAUAGAGGACACUCCUCCGAUAGAGGCCUCGCCCCCGGGGCUCCUUGAUGGCAGCGCUGUGGUCGCUACACCGGGUGUGUCUGACCUCCCCCUUCCAGCCCGGCCCCUUUCCUCCUCAGCCGACCCCAGCGGCUCUACAGAGCCAUCAUCACUGGCCCCUAUGCCAAGCGCUGCGGCCCCGGGCUCCUCCACUCCUCCACCCCCUCCCACCACCGUUGCCAUGCCCAUUAGAUCCUCAGGGACAUUAUCGCCGCUUCCUUCCACUCCUUUUGAGUCCAUUACUUUAACCCCCCUCAGUCAUUCUUCAACAACAACAUCAACAGCCAUGCCCUCUGGCCCCUCCUCCUCCGUCUCCAUUAGCUCCUCCUCUGCGGUGCCCCUCAACUCAUCCCCUUCUUCCCCCUCGCCCGGUCCUGUUGCGGCCGUCCCAAACAUGGCUGGUUCUGCUCUGGUUUCUCAAGAUCCGUCUUCAGACGCCACCACUGUGGACACGGUCUCCGCGGGAACCUUCCAGAACGCAGCGGGGCCCCCCCCCACACAUUCCCCCCGUACCGUGAACCACCCGCACCCCGUCCGCACCACAGAUAUCUCCACCAGCUCUGAGACUCCGGCUCCAUCCAUAGCGACUCCGGUUCAGGGUUUGGCCGACACGUCUUCUGUCUGUAAGACGCCUGUCGAGGCGGACCCCCCCCCUAGCGCCGGAUCAACGGCGUCGUCCUGCGUGGAGGCCACGCCUCCUACCGCUAAUGUCACCAGCCUGGUGUCUACUGACAGCGCUCACUCUAUUGUAGCAUCUCCAAACAUUCAGCCAGGCCCCCCCCUCCCCUCUGACACCAACCAGACCUCCUGCCCCGAGUUCUCCACCUCAGGGGCCCCCAACACAUCCAUCCCUCCCUCCACCUCCACCUCAGGGGCCCCCGACACAUCCACCCCUCCCUCCACCUCCACCUCUCAAUCAGAACAGCCAGCUUCAGUUAACCUUCGUGUCACAAACCGCCCCGGUGCAACAGGACUGAGCAGUAUCAACACUGAGUAUACAGAGGUUCCCUCUGUUACCAUGACAACGGCAGCUUCCCGUCCGGAUUCCACCAGUCCAACAAAUCACUGUCGAGCCGAGGUUAACAAUGUGCAAACACCGCCGGAGGAAAAGCCCCGGCAUGACUCACCGACAAAGGAGAAAGCGACAGAUGAUGAUGUAGACCGCAAUGUUCAAAGGAGCAAGCAAGAGGAGAGGAAUGGAGACAGCCAGGAGGAGAGCACUACCAAGCACCCAGAGGUGGAGCGAGGAGAGGCCCAGCAGGUCCGAGCAGAAGAGAGGGAGGACCAUCUAGUUCCAGACAAUAGCACUGUGGCUACAGACCCAGAGACGGCCUAGGCUCAGAGAGACGACCGGAAGAAAAGGAACAGGGGAGACCAGAGGCUGAAGCUCAACCAGAUGAAACCAGUUCCAUCCAUGAAAAAUAAGUUCCUAAAGAGAGGCCUACAAUAACAAUAGCAUCCACGUGGGACCAACUACUGUGAGGAGGAAGGAGAGCCAGCAGUAGGGAGUUAUGAGGAGGGACACACGAGUCAUGGGACCAAAGAACAGCCCUCCCAUUGGAUGAGAUGAUCCAGCAGCGACUUUGUCUGUUUUUUGUUGAUGUUUUUUUUUUUAUGGAUAUGAUUGAAUAUUGAACUGCACGUAUAAAAUGUACUGUAUGAGAAGAACUGUGGUAAAAAAUAUGUUUACAAUAGAUGGAUAAGAGACAUACUCUUCACUAUUAAAUGGAUUGUCGACUUCA